AUGUUCAGGUCUUUCGGUGCCCGCAUAUUCGCUGGGAUAGUUGUCGUCGUUUUCCUAAUCGUCAUUUUCCACAAUGAAGAAUCCGCUGGUACGGCUCUACUUCCCUACCUGCCCGUCCUUCCAUCAACGGGCUCUUCGCAAACCUCCUCUAUACUCCAAGCAUGGAUAAAAGACCGAUCUGCACUGUCAGAAAAGUCGUGGAAGAAGAGCGUCGAGCUUCGCGACCAGAUGGCGAAGCAGCAUCCGGACAACCCGAAGAUUCCAUUCUUCCCAAUGGACUUUCUGAAAUACCCAUACACCAUCUGGGACUUCUUCCCAGCGACAUGGACAUGCCCCCACGACAUCCAGCGUGUCGGCCGACUCGGUGACGGAGGAAAGUGGGUUUGCGGGAUGAACAUCUAUGAGAGUCUUCCCGCACCCAAAUCCGCACCCGCAACCAUCGGAUCGCAGGAACCCCUCUCGAACGCACAAGACGGCCUCGUCAUGUAUAGUUUCGGCAUCAAUGGUGAAUCCUCGUUCGAAGCCGAAAUGCUCGAACGUGUUCCUAGCGCCCGUAUCUGGGGUUAUGACUUCUCCGUUGACGCAUGGGGUCCGCAAAUCGCAGAGAAACACCGCCAUCGCACUUUCUUCAAGAAGGUCGGGCUAGGCAAAGAGGACAAGCAUGACUCCGAGCCGCCAUUCUGGACUCUUCCUAGCUUGAUGAAGCAAAACAACCACACCUACAUCGAUAUCCUGAAAAUUGAUAUCGAAGGUAGCGAAUACGACGCUUUAGACACUAUGAUGGACGCUUUCGACAACAUGAAAACAGCAUCUGGAAAGUCUGUCCUGCCUAUUGGCCAGGUCAUGAUUGAACUCCAUCUCGGCGACGGAAUCAACACUGAGAACGCGAACGCCGGGGGCAACGUAGACUUUGGGCGGUUCAGAACUUGGUGGGAGAGGUUGGAGCGCAUGGGCAUGCGACCCGUGUGGAUGGAGAUCAAUCUCUUUGCCGUUACACUAGGUAAGAGUAAGGCGAACCCAAGGUGUACGGAGUAUGUUUGGGUCAAUGCCAAGGACCAGAGAAGUGUCCUUUGGAAUCUGUAG